GAGGCUAGAUGUCUUGGAGCGCUUUAAUUCAUCAUGUGGUUGCCAAAUGUGGCACAGCUGUGGGUUGCCCUGUGCUUGUAGGAUAGAAAAGUACAUGCGUGAAGAGCGUCCGAUUCAACUCGAAGACAUAGACGUCUUCUGGCGGAAACUUAACUUCCAAAGUUGUAAAUUGAUAGACGACUCACUUGACGUGGUCGAAGAGCUAGAUGUUGUUAGACAACAAUUACAGUCGCACCCCCCAGCUCAGCAAAAAAGCCUGCUUUCAAAGAUUAAAGCGGUGUUGACUCCAACGAAAUCUACCAAGAAACCACCGGUUGUCCAACAAAAUACUCGUGGCCGACCAACAACAAAGCAGGUACAAGAAAGGUUGGACGAGGCCUCUCGUAUAGAUGAAGAAUUGAGGAGAAGCUCCUUCGGUGAUGCAAACACGUGCUUUGAAGGUCACGUUAUUCGAGGUCGUGCCGCAGGAGCUGCGCUACAUCCGGAUGUACGAGCCAGGCUUGACAGGCUCGACGAUUUGAAAAUACUCUUAGGUAUUCUGUCGAAAUAA